CGGGGGCAGAGGGAGAGGGGGCAGGAGCGAACCUUAGCCCGGCGGAUCCGAGACCCGAGUAGCUGGGGGCACUCCUGGGGCCCCUGGGAAGAGGGGCUGCCCAACGAAAGCGGGGACAGAAAUAUUCCAAACAAUUUUUGUUGAUGAGUGAGUGUCCAAAGCGACCAGGAAUGGAAUCCAGUAACUUGUGACAGCGGCAAAGAAGAAUCGGAGCAACCCAGCUUCUUCGGAAAAUGCAGUUGGAUCCUGCUCCAGUGCAACUAUCUCCAAGACUGAAAAUUCCCAUGGAAUCUGCAGGACAAAGCCCUUCACCCACUUCUGGAAGCAACACCAGUGAUGAAGCUGCAAUCAUCCGGAAGCAAAAAUUGGAAUUCCAGCGCCGCAUCAUUGAGAAGAAGCAGCGCCGCAAGAGGCAGGAGCUGCUUAUGGUUCAGGCCAACACAGAUGCCAAGGUGAAGGGGCGGCACGGGAGGCACAAGCCCGAGGAACGCAUCCCGCUCAUGGAAUCCUGCAGCGAACACAGCCUCUGCAACAGUACAAGCAACCCCUUCCUUGUGGAAUCUGUACCAGAGGCCCAUCUUGGUGCUCAUAUGUGGGGCAGCUCCGUGCAGAUGAACCGGGCACACGGUGGCCAAGGAGAAAGCCAGGCAGCCUGUCCAGAUUUCCCCGACGAGACGGAGCUCGAGGUGGCCAUUUUGGAAGAAACCCAGCCUAUCAACAAGAAUGAGUCGGCUCCCAAGAAUGGGUGGCAGGCCAGGCAGAAGGGAGGGCAUGGUCGAGUGUCCAAAUCCAAGAAGGAAGCCCUUUCCCCGAUACAGAAGGUUCCAUCCAUUAUCACGGAUAUGGAAGCCCACUUAGUUUUCAAGAAUGAUCAGCAGAAAGAAGACCUGGAGCCUUCAGGGUCCAAGGAAACCAUCGACGAUGUAUGUGACGUCCACACACUCCACAGCAAUUCUGAAAGCGAGGGGGAGUCCUCCCAGGAGCUGACCGUGCCCCCUUCUCCCAUGAAGAAGCCCCGGGACUGCAUGCUUGCACACAGAGGGUCUCUCACCAAUGGAAGGAGAAGCCUGAGUGAGGAUGAAGAUGAGAACUUGGAAGAUGAGGAUGAGGAAGAUGAGGAGGAUGGCGAGCAGGACAUCCUCAGGAGUGUCAUGUACAUCCGAGAGGAGAUCGAUUUGUCCAACUCUCCAAGUGGGGAGUCUAGCAUCCCCCUGUCCCUCAAGGUGGACGAUGUAGAAGCAUUUGUUCUGAAACCAGCUCCUCAGGGCAUCGUUGUCCAGUGUCGCAUCACACGGGACCGGAAAGGGAUGGACAAAGGCAUCUUCCCCUUCUACUACUUGCAUCUCGAGACGGAAAACGGAAAGAAGCGAUUCCUCAUGUCUGGCCGGAAGAGGAAAAAAAGCAAGACUUCCAAUUACCUCAUUUCUCUGGACCCCAUUGAUCUGUCGCGGGACGGGGACAGCUUCGUUGGGAAAGUCAGAUCCAAUGUGCUGGGAACCAAGUUCACUGUGUUCGACAACGGGAUCAACCCAGACAAGAAGCCUUUUGUCCCGGAAACGGCCCAACUGCGGCAGGAGCUGGUGGCCAUUUGCUAUGAAACCAAUGUUUUGGGAUUCAGGGGCCCACGGAAAAUGACAGUGAUCAUUCCUGGCAUGAAUUCAGAAAAUGAGAGGAUCUGCAUCCGGCCAAAGAAUGAACACGAGACCUUGUUGACUCGGUACCAGAACCGGAACAUGCAGAACCUGAUCAAGCUGCAGAACAAGAUGCCGGCCUGGAACGAGGAGACCCAGUCGUAUGUGCUCAACUUCCACGGGCGCGUCACACAGGCCUCCGUCAAGAACUUCCAGAUCAUCUCGGAAGAAGACCCUGACUACAUUGUGCUGCAGUUUGGCCGCGUGGCCCCCGACGUGUUCACCAUGGAUUACCAAUUCCCGCUCUGUGCACUGCAGGCCUUUGCCAUCUGUCUGUCCAGCUUUGAUGGGAAGCUUGCUUGCGAGUAGAGGGCCAGCACAGCCGACCUCUGACACUCGACCCCUGCAGCUUUGCUCCUGCUGCCUCAUCCGACUGGACACAACUCAUUCCACUUUUCAGAAUUGCCUGCUUUUCACCUCCAACCUCCCCACAUUUUUUGAGACUGGAUCUCCAUGUGACCCGCUAUUUUCAUACUGGCACAUGCUUUCUCUUUUGCUCAUCUCCCCCAUUCGAGUUCUGACAAGCCGUUACCUGCCGAAGCAUCGUCAUCCCUACCAGUCGCCCCAGAUCCUUCCCUCUUCCAGUAUGAUUCUGAUUUUUCAUGUAAUUCCUCACCCCCCUCGUGAUUUGAUGGCUGACCCAUCAACCUAGCAGAACCUUUAAAACUUUGCUGCUUUGGUUUAGGCUUGUUAGGCCCUGCCUCCUACCCAGUCCUUCUGAACAAACUCAGUAAAACCCACCCAUACAGGAAACACACCAUCUCACGAAAUGUGGACCAGGGCUUCGCUACUGAAGAAACCGCGAACAGCGAAGGAACAACCUACUUCUGCCAGCUUCAUGAAUUCAGAACAAGGGAAGGGGCAGCCAGUUGGAUGGGUAUCAGCAGCCGUUCUGAAACAUGGGAUUAAAGCUGCAGCCCCAACCCAUCUUCCCUUCUCUAUCAAAUUGGGUAAUAGAUUGGAAAUAAAGCUUACCCAGAGAU